CUCGGAGUCUCAUUUUUUCAACGACCAUUGGGAGUUAUUGCAAGUCGCAACGACAAAGACGAUGUAAGUUCUUGCACAGACUUGGAAGGCACAGCUGACGCGCCUAUAACAGCCCGGAAAUUUCCAGUGGAGCUAUCCAGAAGAUGACUGAUCAUUGUUAUCGCUGUAACCGCUACUUCAGCUCCAGGUCUGCUUACAACCAGCAUGUCCGGGACUCCAGAAAUCACUGGAAAUGCCAAUAUGGUCACCCUGGAGCCGAUUUAAAAUCUUGGCGGGGACUCAAAGAACAUUACGUUCAGAGCCCCCACCAUUCCUACUGCCAGUAUUGCGACUUCCAUUUCGACUCCCCAUUAGAACUACAGGAUCAUUGCGAAGGCAAUCAUGCUUACUGUGACACAUGUAACAAGGUUUUCAAGAACAACUUCGGCCUGCACGAACAUAAUCGGCAGAAGCCUGAGCACGCUGACCUGUACUGCAUUCCGUGCAGAAAGCUUUUCCAGACUCCAAACGGCCUUCGCUCUCAUAAAUUGAAUUCUAGAAAACACCAGACUUGAAUCGUCACUUGGUUAGCACUCGCCAUCAGGAGAGUGUAUCGUUGCCCUCUCAGUAGCUGUCAACCCUCCUCAUCUCUCUUAGUGUGUUGUGCCAGCACAUCGAGAUUUAGCGUUGUGGUGUGACGCCCUCCGUUCCUUCGAAUGCUACAUCCACAUUGUUUCUUUCGUCACAGAACUAGCAUCACCGCCUUACUUAUUAUAAGUCACUAUUUGCGUACCUUAACAUCCUUAUUGAUUCACAAACCCAUUAUAAUUUCCGACAGUUUCUGGUUUCUUAAUCCCCCAGUACCUAUCUAUGUGUAGCUUCCAGUUUCGUGUUCAGCAUGAAAGAAAUCAGAUUUACCACCCGUCCUUGCCAGACA